AGCUUUUACAAGAAUUCUCUUUGAUUAAAAAUCCUGGCGGGCAAGAUGAACAUUUACAUGAAUGUAUUCAGGGCUGGUUCUCUAAACAUAGGGAAUACACAGAAAUUCAAACCUUUCGGUGA